AUGGGAAUAUUCACGUCCUGCUGUAGGCCAUCAGCAUCCGAAGUAUUGACCCCAGAUGCAGAAACAAGACGUAGGCAACAAACAGAGGCAGCUGAACGUCGUCGGGCUCAAGAAGCAGCUCGAGGUAUCAAAGAUCCGGAGCGAGUGAAGCGCAUGCAGGAGCGGGCAGAAGAAAUGGAGAAAAGGGAGCAGGAACUAAGGAAGGAAGGAGGAGCGAAUUUGAAGUGGACGGCUGAC